UGGCAUGUGUAGACUCAACUGUUCGCUGCGGACAUACCCUGCGGAUGAUGGCACCUGCAGACGCUGCCCAGCCCACUGCGAUGUUUGCUCAGACGACAGGACCUGUUUCAGAUGCAGCUUCCUGUACUUGAUGUUGAAUGGUGUGUGCAAGGCCAGUUGUCCCAUGGGCUACUAUGAGGACAUGGAGGAGGGCCGCUGUGGUCAGUGCCACCCGACCUGUGGCAGCUGUUCAGGUCCCCUGGCAGAUGACUGUGAGACCUGCUCAACUUUCAGCCCCAAGCUCUAUAAAGGUGCCUGCUCCAGGGACUGCCCCACUGGUACUUACUAUGAGACCGCAGCUAUGGAGUGUCAAGAGUGCCACCAGACCUGCACAAGCUGCAACAGCCCAGACGCCAACCAGUGCACGCAGUGCGAGAAGGGACUAGUGUUGGAUCCAAACACGCUGCUGUGCGGCGUGACGGGUGAUACCGCCUGCCCACCCCGGACCUACCUACACGAGAACCAGUUCACCUGCAUGGGUUGCCACCGGCAGUGUUACUCUUGUGAGGGGCCGGGCAACGAUGAAUGCCAGACCUGUGCCGUCCCCAAAUACCUCCACAACAGCACCUGUGUGAGUGAGUGUCCAGACGGUACGUAUAGCACCAGGCAGGAGGCUGAUGGAAAGGAGCUGGGAUUCUGUUUGCCGUGUGACCACGUCUGUUCCACCUGCACUGGGGCAUCGCCUAGAGAUUGCCUGACUUGCUCUCCAGGAUAUUUGCGUCUUCUUCAGCUGUGUGUCACCCACUGUCCCACAGGGUAUUACAGAGAAGGUUCCCAUUGUAAGAAAUGUGACCAGUCCUGUGACCUGUGCACGGGACCAGGGCCCGAGUCCUGCAGGGCUUGUCCACCUCCUCUCCUGGAGUUGCAAGGCACCAAGCUUUGCGUUGAGCGCUGCCCACACCGCUUCUAUCAGCUCAAUGGCAUCUGCAAGCAAUGCCACACCAGCUGUCAAACCUGCACAGAUGCCUCACCUCAAGGUUGCAUGACGUGCGACUGGGGCAGCACUCUGAAGGACAAAGUUUGCUAUCCUCGCUGUGAGGAGGGCCGAUACUUUUCUGAAGAGGAAACCUGUGAGCCUUGCGACAGCUCCUGUAGACAUUGCACCGGUCCCAGACCUGACCAGUGUCUGACUUGUCACCGAGAUUCUGCUCUUCACGCUGUGGAGAACCGCUGUGCUCGCUGCUGUCAGGCUGGAGGGAAUCACACCAACUGCUGUGUUUGUGACAACCACUCAGCGCUGUGUGUGGAGGCCCCCCAACCCAAGUCCGGAGACGGUCAGGGAACAGACGUGAACAUGUCCUCCAAAGCUCUGAAGCACACCUCAGUGGCCUUGCCUGUUGCCCUGCUGCUGGCCGUGGGCUUGGCUCUGGCUGUGUUCGUCUUGGUCAAGGCCCACGCCAGGAAGAGGCUUUGCUGGAACCAGAGCUAUGAGCGACUGAGCGGCAGUGCCAGCGUUCACAUGCCCCACGGUGUGCCCGAGCCAGACAGCGGAGACGAGGUAGAUGUGGUGUACACCAGCAGAGGUGGGUCUGUAUAUCGACAUUACAGCUUCAUCCAUGAGCAGGACACAGACGGAGACCAGGAUGUGGACGAGAACACUUGUCUUAGUCAAUCAUAAAUGCAUCCAAACCAGAGCUUGUAGAAAAGUAACUAAGGAAUCAGGACUGAGAGGUGAAUUGAAAGUAGCCUAGUUAAUGUUAAGAAGAGGAUGUAGUCUUAUUUUUUCUUUGGUAUGUUUCCUUAUGAGUUCAGUUGUUGUAUAUUUGAUUCUACAAAGUGCCUGUAUCUGUAUAAUGCACAUUCUUAGAUAAGUGAGUGAGUACAGACUGAAAAAAUACAUAUAUUUGUGUAAAUGUAUGUAUAUUCUUUUUUAAUUUGAUAUUAAAGAAGUAUUUGUGAAA